AGGCAGUGAGGGUGCCGGUUAAAGACCACACGGCUCAGUAGGCAAGGAGGGGCCCCAGAGGCUGGGGGAUCUCAGGCUCUCUCAGUGGGUGGGGGCUCGGCCAGGCCAGGGCAGCGGCAUCUGGGAAACAGAAUUCCCUCUGGAAUUCAGAGUUGAGUUGCUGUCUAAGUCACUGGCUCCUGGAAUCUAUAAGACAAGAUUGGAGAGUGCAAAGGGUCAUCCAGGGGUGCCACGCUCCAAAAGGACAUCUUCCGGCCACGCGCCAUGUGGGCCCUGCUGCUGCUGCUGCCCACGGUGCUGUGCCUGAGCCCAGCAGGGCCUCCCCAAGAAAGGACCCCUCUUUUCCGACUCACACAGCAGGGUCCCUGGGAGAGCGGGGCCAGUAACGGCACGGCCUCGCCCUGCGAGGGGCUCCCCCUCGCAGGGGCCACGACUUUGACCCUCGUGAACCGCAGCCUGGAGCGCCUCCCCGGCUGCCUGCCUCGCGCGCUGCGCAGCCUCGAUGGCAGCCACAACCUGCUGCGCGCCCUGAGCGCGCCGGAGCUCGGCCACCUGCGGCAGCUGGAGGAGCUGACGCUGCGCCACAACCGCAUCGCCGCGCUGCGCUGGGGCCCCGGCUGGCCGGCGGGGUUGCGCACGCUGGACCUCAGCUACAACCGGCUGGCCGCUCUGCCACCGUGCGCCGGGCCCGCGCUGCCCAGCCUCCGCGCGCUGGCGCUCGCCGGCAACCCCCUGCAGGCGCUGCAGCCCGGGGCCUUCUCCUGCUUCCCCGCGCUGCGCCUCCUCAACCUCUCCUGCACCGCGCUGGGCCGCGGCCCCCAGGCGGGCAUCACCGACGCCGCCUUCGCCGGAGCGGGCGGCGCGCCCCUGGCCGCGCUCGAGGUCCUGGACCUCAGCGGCACGUUCCUGCCGCGGGUGCACUCAGGGUGGAUCCGAGACCUGCCGAAGCUCACAUCACUUUACCUGAGGAAGAUGCCCCAGCUGACGAGCCUGGAGGGAGACAUUUUCAAGAUGACCCCGGACCUGCAGCAGCUGGAUUGUCAAGAUUCCCCAGCUCUUACCUCUGUCCAUACACGCAUCUUUCAAGAUACUCCUCACCUACAGGUCCUUCUACUCCAGAACUGCAACUUGAGUUCCUUCCCUCCUUGGAGCCUGCAUUCCUCCCAGGUCCUCUCCAUCAACCUCUUUGGCAACCCCCUGACUUGCAGCUGUGAGUUGUCCUGGCUCCUCAUGGAUGCAAAGAGGACUGUCUUAAGCAGGGCAGCAGACACGGUGUGCACACCAGCUGCAGGAUCCGGCGGCAUCUUCUCAGCCCCUCUUUUGCUCUCCCAGCUGCCCAGUGUGUGCCAUUCAGACCAAAGCACCACGCUCCUUGAUUCCAAGCGACCCUCCUCUGUCCUCUCCACCCACGCACCAUCUACACAGGGUCCCUCCACCCCAAGGAGCACAACCCCCUCCACUCAACCUGCAGGAGGCCAACAGAGUGUCACCAAGCCCCCCUCUCUCCCUGUGGAUUCCCCCACUGGAGCUGCAUGGCUGCACAGCAGUGUCAGGGAGGGGACCACCUCCUCCACUGCCCUCUCUACAGUAGGUUUCAGCAACUCCAGAGUUCCCCCCAGGGCCCCAAGCACAGCUGGGACAGAGCACCAAGAACAUGCUGCCUGGCUUGUCCCUGAGCCCAGUAUCUCAGCUGCCUCCACCGCAUCAGCUAGCAAACGCUUCGGUCUCUUCCCCACCUCCGGGAACUCAUUGAGCACACCCCAGACGGUCCGGAGGACACAGGCCACCCUGCAGGCUCCCCACGCCAGUCCUUCCGACGACAGCAUUCCAGUCUUGCUGUUGGAUGACUCCAGUGAGGAGGAGAGGGAGAAGGAGGAGGUCAGAGCGCCUCCCCAGGAUGUCCCCUGUGAUUACCAGCCCUGCAAGCACCUGCAGACCCCGUGCGCAGAGCUGCAGAGGCGCUCGCGGUGCCGGUGCCCCGGGCUCAGCGGGGAAGACACCAUCCCGGACCCUCCCAGGCUGCAGGCGGUGUCGGAGACCACCGACACGUCCGCUCUCGUCCGCUGGUGCGCUCCCAACUCGGUGGUGCGCGGGUACCAGAUCCACUAUUCUCCCGAGGGCUCGUCGGGGAACCAGUCGGUGGUGGGGGACAUCUAUGUCACGGCUCGGCAGCACCCUCUGUACGGACUCUCGCCGGGCACCACGUACCGCGUGUGCGUCCUGGCGGCCAACAGGGCGGGCCUGAGCCCCCCGCGGGCCUCGGGCUGGAGGGGGCCGUGCGCCGCCUUCACCACCAAGCCCAGCUUUGUGCUGCUCUUCGCGGGGCUGUGCGCCGCUGGUGGCCUGCUGCUCCUCAGCACCCUGCUGCUGGCCGCAUGUCUCUGCAGGCGGGGCCGGACGCCACGCCGGCAGCGCUACGACACGCACCUGGUGGCCUACCAAAACCCAGCCUUUGACUACCCGCUGAAGCUCCAGACCUUCCUGCAAUCGAACUUGAGCUGAGAACCGGCAGCCUCCGUGCAGAGAGGAAGAUACAGAGGGUCCCAACGGCCCCGUCAGCUCUGAACGCCUCCAGUUCCCUUGAAGCCAGCACUCGUUGGGCACACACGAAACUUGCCACGCUGUUUCUCAGCCCAAGGAACAAUGCCUUGCCUUCCUUCUACUUCAGUCUGUUUCCAGAAACUGAUGGUUGGUCCACACCAGACCACUCCCACUGCCACCUGGCAUUCUUGUGUGCUGUUUUAUUUGGGUUUUCAGCAAUCAGUGCCCCUCAGCGGCCAGAAUAGAAUUGUGUGUGGAAGUAGGAAGGGAUAAAACAAAUCUUUUGCCAUAUUGGAAGCGACGGUCUCAAGUCAUUUGAGGAAGUUCCCUCAUGGUCAAGGUCUGGCCAAGGCACGUGUUACUCAAGGAAUCAACUCUGGUGGUGUCAGUCUGCAAACUGGGGUUGAGGGAGAACUGCUGGUUAUGUUGCCUGAGGCCGUCCGGGUUUAUUAGUUGCAUUUCAGGGUAUGGCAUAAAAUGUGCUUCUAGCUUUAUACUUAAAAACAGUCUUUGAACAUUUGUGAAACAGAGGAAAAAGCUGUCCUGUUUAAAGUCAGUGUUUACUGCAUUUCAUCCAACACUAAGUGGACAAAGGAACCAUGAGCUUCAGGAAGUUUUUUCUUAGAAAGAAUGAGCAAAAGAGAACCUCAAGACUCUAGUCACAGGCCACAGCAUUCCUCUGCUCCCAAUGGCAUCAGACAAUGCCUUUCUGAUCUGUAUCUGUGUGGGGGAUGUCUUACCACAUCCUUUUUCACGUUUAUACAAACUUAGGGGAAAAGUGAUUUUAUGAAAUUAUAAUGGCAGUCAUAUUUCUAGAUUUCAAUUUUCCACAUUAGCCUUUAUGUGAGUUUCCUGUGGCUACUGUACCAAAUUAGCACAAACUGGAUGGCUUACAACAGCAGAAAUUUAUUCUCUUCCAGUUCAGACCAGAAACCCCCAGUCAAGUGUCAGCAGGGUUGGUUCCUUCUGGAGACUCUGAGGGAGAGUUUCCCAGGCCCCUCUCCGAGCUUCUGGUGGAGGCUGGCAGUCCUUGGGGUUCCUUGACUUGCAGAUGCAUCACUCCAGUCUAUGUCUGUUGUCUCAUGGCAUUCUCUGUUUGUGUCUCUGUGCCCAAAUUUCCCAUUUUUAAAAACUGUUUUCCCCCAGAUUUGAGACAUAAUUGACAUGUAACAUUGUACAAGUUUAAGCUGUACGAGAUGAUUUGAUACAUGUAUAUAUUGCGAAAUGAUUACCAUAAGUUUAGUGAACACAUCCAUCACCUCACAUGAUUACUUUUUGUGUGUGGUGAAAACUUUUUAAGAUCUACUCUCUUAGCAACUUUCAAGUAUCCCACACAGUAUUGUUAACUAUAGUUCAGCAUGCUGGCUUCUGGGGAUCAUUAGAACUGGAAGUUUGUACUUUUGACCACCUUCACCCAUCACCCCCCACCCCCACCCCCGGGAACCAAUCUACUCUGUUUUUAUGAGUUGUUUUUCUU